GGGCGUACUUUUUGUCCUUUUUUGUGAUCAGUAGCUCUUGUCUGCGCCUCUGCACAUAUCAAGUCAUAUUCCUGGUGAAGGUCGAGUAUUAAACGAGUAUCUCACGAUGUCUCUGCCGAAGCCAGUCAUGCGAGGACUCCUUGGGAAACGCCUGAGGUUCCACUUGCCGAUCGCCUUCUCCUUAUCGUUGAUUGCUGCAGCAGCUUUCAAGUUCGCAGUAACAGAGCCCAGGAAGCAGGCAUAUGCUGAUUUCUACAAGCAGUACGAUGCCAUGAAAGAAUUCAAUGCAAUGAAAGAAGCUGGGGUGUUUGAGAGUGUCAGGCCUUCUGGUGAAUAAACUCAUGUGAAGACUCAUCCAUUCCUGGUCUAAUCCUCCUGCACCUUGAUAAUGAUGUUUGUUUAAGUGGACAGUACCUGUAUGCUCACAGUCAACCUAAUAAA